CGCCGCCCGGCGCCCCCGCCCCCCGGCGCCCGGGCCAUGGCCGGAGAUGCCCGCUGAGGACCGGGGCGCCGCAGGCUGGGCUCCCGGGCGCGGCGCGGAGCGAGGCGGCGGCGGCCUGGAUGCGUGAAGCGGCCCCAUGGCUCGGCAGGAGGCGAAGCGGCGGGGCCCGCGGGGAGCCGGGCCGGCGGCGAGGAGGCGCGGGGUCCGGUCCGGGGCGCGCGGGCUCGGGGCGGCCGGAGUGAGCGGCCCCGGGCGCGCGAGGGGUCCCCGGGCCGCCGCGUCCCUGGAGGCGCCGCCGCCGCUGCUGCUGGGACUCCUGCUGCUGGCGGCCCUGCCCGGGCGCUGCCCGGCCCACCCGGGAACAGACAACCUGCAGAUCACCGUCACCCCAGACCCAGAGUCAUUUCCUCCCGGGAAAUUGUCCCCGAUCUCACCAACAUGGCCUUUCUCAGACGCCCCGUCUUCCUCGGCAGUGGACAGAACCACGGAUGCGCUGGGCCCGACCCCUGACAACGCCAGCGUGCCGCAACUCACCCAAACGCCUCCUCCCAAGACGCUCCGCAGGCCGAGGGCCCACGGGGACCUCUCUCCUGCCCCUUCCCAAGGAAGCGGACAGAGCGCCUCCCUCGAGCCUUCCGGGGAUCCCACCGAGUCACCAGUCCAGCCGAGACCGCAGCAGGGAAGAGAAGCGGCCGGUGUGUCAGCGGGCUUCGCAGUGUUGUCCAAGGCAGGACCAACAGCAGCUGCAACAGCGUCCACCUUGCUCCUGAGGAAACCAAGCCCACCCGCCCUGUCUGCAGCCCUGGUGGCCAAGGGCGCUGGCAGCAGCCCUUCGGCAUUGGCCUCGGGAUUCGUCAAGAGCAGUUUGACCACUGCUCUCGCCAGACAUGCCACCAACAACACGGCGUCUGGCCUGAAGGCAACACCCGGGGUGGGCCACCCGGCCUUCUCAUUCACGCCAGCCUACAUGUUUGCAAAAUCAGCACACACCACGAGCACUCACACAGCCAUGCAAGGGAACACGGGCACCGCCUCUGGCCUGUUGUCCACCACACACCUCCCCAGGAAACCACAAGCCAUGUACACGAGCCCCCCAUCCCCCACCCACCCAGACCCGCCCAGGGCGUCCACCACACGCUCGCUGGCCAUCACGGCGGCCUUGACCUCCGUCACCGCACCCGUAAGGGCUACCCGGCUGCCGCCUCUGCUGGCAGAAAACCCAAACGCUGCCCUUCCCGCCGUGUCCACGGCUAUGGUCACAACCGGCAAAAUGGUGUCCAACCUGGAGUGUCACAUGUCCAGUAAACUCCUGGUGAAGACAGUUCUCUUGCUGACGCAGAGGAGAGCACAGAGCAGUGAAACCUUGAAGCUCAGCAUAGCCAAAGGGCUCACGCAGGCAUUGCGCAAGGCUUUUCGCCAGAACGACGUCUCGGCUCACGUGGAGAUUCUGGAACAUUCUCAUAACGUCACCGUUGGUUAUUACGCUACCAAAGGGAGGCUGGUGUACUUGCCUGCCGUGGUGACCGAGAUGCUGGGUGUUUACGGGGUCAGCAACAUCACUGCGGACCUGAAGCAGCAUACCCCGAGCCUGCAGUCCGUGGCGGCCCUCGCCUCCCCGUGGCACCCCCAGCCUGCAGGCUACUUCCAGCUGAAAACAGUGCUUCAGUUUGUGAGCCCGUCUGACAACAUCCAGUCCUGCAGGUUUGCUCAGACCAUGGAGCAGAGGCUGCAGAAGGCCUUCCAGGACGCCGAGAGGAAGGUGCUGAGCGCCCAGAGCAACCUGACGAUUCAGAUCGUGAGCACGUCCAAUGCCUCCCAGACGGUCACCUUGGUGUACGCGGUGGCCAACCGAAGCUCCUUCCUCAAUGGCACCAUGGCCAGCAGCCUCCUCCGCCAGCUCUCGGCCGAGCUGGUGGGGUUCUACCUCACCUACCCGCCGCUCUCCAUCGCUGAACCAUUGGAAUAUCCCAACCUUGACAUAUCGGAGACAACCAGAGACUACUGGGUAAUUACAGUGCUGCAGGGCGUGGACAAUUCGCUGGUGGGUCUGCACAACCAGAGCUUCGCCCGGGUCAUGGAGCAGCGCCUGGCCCAGCUGUUCAUGAUGUCCCAGCAGCAAGGCCGGCGGUUUAAACGGGCCACCACCCUGGGAAGCUACACCGUGCAGAUGGUGAAGAUGCAGCGUGUGCCGGGACCCAAGGACCCCGCGGAGCUGACUUACUACACCCUGUACAAUGGAAAGCCUUUGCUGGGGACCGCGGCCGCCAAGAUCCUGAGCACCAUUGACUCCCAAAGGAUGGCCUUGACCUUGCAUCACGUUGUCCUCCUGCAAGCUGACCCUGUGGUGAAGAACCCGCCCAACAACCUGUGGAUCAUCGCCGCGGUGCUGGCGCCCAUCGCCGUGGUCACGGUCAUCAUCAUCAUCAUCACGGCCGUGCUCUGCCGGAAGAACAAGAAUGACUUCAAGCCGGACGCUGUGAUGAACCUGCCCCAGAGAGCAAAGCCUGUGCAAGGCUUUGACUAUGCCAAACAGCACCUGGGCCAGCAAGGGGCGGACGAGGAGGUCAUCCCCGUGACCCAGGAGACGGUGGUCCUCCCGCUCCCUGUCCGAGAUACUCCCACCUCGCAGGAAAGGGACGUCACCCAGGACGGAAGCACCAUCAAGACGGCCAAGUCCACCGAAACCAGAAAGAGCAGGUCACCCAGUGAGAACGGCUCUGUCAUCAGCAACGAAUCAGGGAAGCUCAGCUCAGGGAGGCGCUCACCCCAGAAUGUAACCGCACAGCAGAAAGCGACAAAGGAGGAGGCACGGAAGAGAAAUGUGUCUGCCAGCGAUGAAGAGGAAGGCGCGGUUCUGUUCGACAGCUCUGGCAAGGCGGCUGCCGAUCCCUUCGACUCCUCUUCCGGAUCCGUGCAGCUCACCGCAGUGAAGCCCACAGCCCUCCCCGUGGUGCAGCCCGCCCCGGACCGGAGCCAGGAGGCCGCAGCGCUCAACGGCGAGGUGAACAAAGCCCUGAAGCAGAAGUCAGACAUCGAACACUAUCGGAACAAGCUGCGCCUCAAAGCCAAGAGGAAGGGGUAUUAUGAUUUCCCUGCAGUGGAGACAAACAAGGCCCAGACGGAAAGAAAAAAGAUGUAUGAGAAAUCGCAAAAGGAAAUCGAGCAUGUGUUAGAUCCAGACCCAGAACUGUGUGCCCCAUUCGCCGAGUCUAAAAACAGGCAGCAGAUGAAGAACUCUGUCUACCGAAGCCGGCAGUCUCUGAACAGCCCAAGUCCGGGGGAGACAGAGAUGGACCUUCUGGUGACGCGGGAGCGGCCCCGGCGUGGGAUUCGUAACAGCGGCUACGAUACCGAGCCUGAAAUCAUAGAGGAAACCAACAUUGACAGAGUUAAUGAGCCGCGGGGCUACGGCAGGUCUCGGCAGAUGAAGGGCCACUCUGAGACGUCCACGCUGAGCUCCCAGCCCUCCAUUGACGAGGUCCGGCAGCAGAUGCACAUGCUGCUAGAGGAGGCCUUCAGCCUGGCGUCCGCGGGCCACGCGGGCCAGAGCCGGCACCAGGAGGCCUACGGCUCCACACAGCACCUGCCCUACUCCGAGGUGGUCACCAGCGCCCCAGGGACCAUGACGCGGCCCAGAGCUGGGGUGCAGUGGGUGCCGACCUACCGCCCAGAAAUGUACCAGUACAGCCUGCCCCGGCCGGCCUACAGGUUCUCCCAGCUUCCUGAAAUGGUCAUGGGCUCUCCGCCUCCGCCUGUACCUCCCCGGACUGGCCCCGUGGCGGUCGCUUCUCUCAGGCGGUCCACCUCCGACGUUGGCAGCAAGACCCGGAUGGCCGAGUCCACCGGGCCCGAGCCGGCCCAUCUGCAUGACAGCGCCUCCUUUACGCAGGUGUCCAGAGGCCCCGUGUCCGUGGCGCAGUUGGAUCAGUCAGCUUUAAAUUACUCAGGCAACACGGUGCCCGCAGUGUUCGCCAUCCCAGCUGCCAACAGGCCGGGCUUCACCGGCUACUUCAUCCCGACGCCCCCCUCGUCCUACCGGAGCCAGGCCUGGAUGUCCUACGCGGGAGAGAGCGAGCUCCCGAGCCAGUGGGCCGAUUCGGUCCCGCUCCCAGGGUACAUCGAGGCUUACCCCCGGUCCCGUUACCAGCAGAACUCCCCCUCCAGGCUGCCUCGGCAGUACAGCCAGCCGGCCGGCCUGCACCCCAGCCUGGAGCAGGGCCCCGUGCCCUCCGCGGCGGCCUCUCAGCAGAGCCUGGCAGAGAACGACCCUCCCGAUACCCCCCUGACCAACAUCUCCACGGCGGCCCUGGUGAAGGCCAUUCGGGAGGAGGUGGCCAAGCUGGCCAAGAAGCAGACGGACAUGUUUGAGUUCCAGGUCUAAUGCCUUCGCCAAAGGAGGUGCUUCCAGGCUCUGGGGACACAGUCCUCGGGCUUCUCCAGCCUUCUGCAUUGGGACUUGAGGCACAGACAGUGGGUGAGUCUCCCUCAUCCUUAGUUUCUGAAAAGGUGAACCGUGGGGCUUCUGGGAAACAGAGGAAACCCUUGGAUGACUGGAGUAUCGGCCUCUUCAACUGAUUGUAUGUCAAGAGGUCCCUGCUUGGGGCCGUACGCUUGGUGUUCUGUUAUAUUGAAACUGCCAGUGUAUUUCCCUAUGAAGCCUUCGUCGGGAGAGACACUAACUAAGCCACGGGUUCCUGUCCAAUGCCACAUUUCAAUAAAUGGCCAGAAGGUGGAGGCCAUGGCUCUGUCUUUGGUGACUCCUGCAUGUUCACUGUCUCUGUGUUAAAGGCAAUGCAGGCGUGUGAUGACGCACCAGACUACUCUCUCAUUCAGCCAUGACUUUCCUCGUUACAAUCACCUCCUGUCUAGAAGGGAGGCCCUGACUCCAGCCAAGAAACCCGAGUUCUUGUCGUUUAGAGAUCCUAUUCAAAGUCAGGUGCAUCGGGUGAAAACCAGUGCUCUCAAUGACUGUCCCUCUCCCGCACCCCCAUUAAGAAAGGCCAGGAAGGAGAGGAGAGGAGAGGGAGUGGUUGGUUUGCGUUGACAGGUGUUUGAAAAGGCGUUGUCAUUUUGGAACCGGAGUACCCUGUGAGCCGGGAUCCAAUGGAAAGAGCAGCGGUGCUCAGAGCUUUCAGGGUCCUGCAAAAGGAAAGCAGCUCCUGGUGGAGCUUUUUCUUUGGCCUGAGAAUGAAGCUCCUCUCUGUCUGGGAUAAGAGAUACAUCAGUGACUUUUAUGAGAAACAUCUCUGUCUUUUCCACAAUGACGUCCAGCCUGGGCUGCCCAUGACACAAAAGAAACUAGUGAUGGAUGCCUGCUAGAAGUCCAGCCUCCCCAGCCCGCAGCCUCUGUUCCUAGAAGCUUCUGAAUGUAAAAAAUCCGUUGAUUUACGUGUAAAUGUAAAUACCAUUUUGAAAAGUGUAUGGAGGUAGCCAGGCCCCUUUUUCCCCCACCCCUGUGGUUAACAGACACUGGAGGACAUUGGCUGAAACGGCUGGGCUGACUGGCCUUGUGGGGGUGAUGUGAAUCACCUGAUCUUAUGGGGUUAAUGUUGUGUCCCCCAGCCCGGACGCACCUGCGGCACAGUCGGCCCCAAGCCGGAACAGCUGCUGACUGCAUUCAGGUGGCCUCGGGGAGAAAACGCGGGUCCCCUCCCCGACUCGGAGGGCUCGCUUGGCAUCUGUUGGAGAACAAGGGCCUGUCCUACCUUCACUCAAGAUCCAUCUCACUUCAGCUCUAUCCAUUCCCUGAGCCCAUCUUUCCAUUCUCCUCACGAGUUUCUUUGGUCUUGACCAAGAGAAGGUAUCAAUUUAAAAGAUGAGAGAGGAGUGGGAGUGGGACUGAUUAGAAUGGGAGAUUCGACUGUCAAAGCACAGACUUUUCAAAAGAAGCGGUUUUUAUUUGCCGAUGGCCAGUGGCUCUUUCUGGGAUGUUCCGGAGGUGACGUGUCAGGGAAGUCCCAGACAAGCCUCUUGUCCGGAUGACGUUAGGUAGUGUCUUUUGGUAUGCUGGCUGAUCUUUCAUAGUGUUAGCUUUUUGUUACUUUAAAAAAAAAUCAGCUAUAAAUAAAAUGUAUUUUUGUAAUUUCCAUGUGUAUAUAUAUAAAAUAUAUGGUAUAUUUCUACCAAUGGCGAGUUGUUGUAAUCCAAAAACCUAAAUCAGCUUGCAAAACACUAUGGACAGUGUAAGAUUUUAUGGACCGAUUAAUACAAUGCCUAAGUCUAUCUGAAUUGGUACUCAAUGCACUUGAAUGAACAAAGAGCCAAAGAAACUCAGCCUUUCCAUGCAAAUGGUAUGAGUCUGAAAGAGUCAGCUACAUCGUCCCGCCUUAUCAAUAAUAUUAAUAUUUCAUCAGUGCAAUGACAUCAGCCCAAUGCUUUGUCUGCUUGGUCAAUGCCUGGAAAAUGUUAUAUGUGGACAUAAAGUUUUAAGACCUUAGUGUAAUUAAACUAUAUGCACAUGCUUCUGAGACAGUGGCUGAGCUGUACACGUGCCAGUAACGUACAGAGAAUGAGCCUGCGGCCCCAGCUUGCUAAGAGGAUGAGAAACAAAUCAUUGCGGCCUUGACAGAACCCAUGAAAUACUGAGUUAGUCAACUGAGACAACUGAACACGCAGCAUGCUUCAUCAAUCCCUCCUUUAAAUUAGACACCUUAUGUUGAAAAGAGGUCCGUCUGCUCAUGGGUUCCCACCCAGUGGGCUGACAGCCACCAUGGUUUGAUAUCCUGUGACUAAGAUGGGGUCCCUUCUCGGAAGAGUCUUCUGACCCCGUGGAUGGGACAGAUCCCUGGGAAGCUGGCUCAGAGAAAAGGCAAAUGUUCAGAGGUGCCUCGUGGGAGUGAAAAUAGAGUUCGGAGAGAGCCCAGAGGCUCUGUGGUCCUCGUGACCCUCCGGACAGCGGGAGAAGCCACAGGACGGCGGUGGUGACCUUGGAGAAGGCAGCAGAGUCCCGAGAACUGGAGUGACCCGCCCAGGGCCCCGGCCCACGCCUGCUGCUUCAUGACCCAACGUGCUUCCCAUUUCACCACGCUGCCUGCAUGCUUGUCUGUGGUUUCUUGAACUAUGCUAGGAGGUUUCAAAAGUAGGCAAGGGUCACCUGAGACAUUCCCUAUAUUCCUGUGAAGGGGGAAAAAAAAAAAAAAAAAGAUGAUGGAAUGUAUAAAGAACUUCAGAUAAAGUGUCUAGAGGACAAUGCCUUUGUAGCAUAAUAAACAUUUUUUUUUGGAACUCGU